AUGAGCCUGCGCAGAUACGCCAUUCGGAGUGCCAUGGCCAAGUCGGUCUGCAUCGUUGGCGCCGGGCCGGCUGGCCUAGCCGUCGCCAAGACGCUGCUUCACAAUGCGCCCAAGGGAGAUUUCAAGGUCACCAUUUUUGACGCGCAGCACGAUGUCGGCGGUCUCUGGCCGACGUUCAAAAACGACGUGGGCCGCCAGAUUCAUCCGCUCAUGCUGGCGAACCAGAGCCGGCACACGAUGCACUUUAGCGACUUGGUCUGGGGCGAAAAGAUCCCGCAGCUGCCCCAGGCGUGGAUGGUCGGCCAGUACCUCCAACGCUACACUGCCAAGUACCUCACCCACAGUCCUGAUUUCCAAUUGAAACUCAAGACGCGAGUCACGCGUACCGAGCGGGAUGGUGAAGGGUGGAACGUUACCGUCCGCUCCGACAAUGGUGAAGAGACGGCUCGCUUCGAUCGCCUCGUUGUGGCGUCCGGCUACUUUGGCGAUCCGGUCGUCCCGAAUGCGUUAAAAGAAGAUGCUGCUAUCCCAGUGAUCCACAGCAGCCAAUAUCGGGAUCUGCAAUCGCUCCUCGGAACAUCUGGCAAAGGCGGCAAGAUCUUGGUCGCAGGUGGCCAAAUGUCGGGUGUCGAGAUCGCGGCGACGAUAGGCACGCAUCUCUCCGACGAACUUAAUUCCCCGGAUGCAAGCUCGAUACCGAAUAUUGAAAAGUACAGCAUCCAUCACGCAAGCUCACGCCACCCGUGGGUGAUCCCCCUUCACACAACGCCAGAGCCGAAAUGGAAAGCUCCGCCGUUUUUACCGCAUGACUUUUCAUCGCACAAUAAAAACAACAGGCCAGUGCCUUUCACAGACUCGCAGGGCCACAUAUCGGAAGAGAGAGCCAAGAUGGCGCAUGAGCGUCUGCGUGGUUCUUUGGGGCCAAAGCAGAUGCUCGGCCCUGAUAAGGGCAGUCCUGAAAGCGCGGAUCUCUCGCUACCUCCAUAUUUAUCAUGCAGUGACUGGUAUUGCGACUUUGUACGCUCAGGCUUCAUUACGGUGCACGAUGGCCGACUGGAAUCCAUUACCGGAUCAACUGCCAAGCUGGACGCCUCCUCCAUUGACGGCAUUGCUGCAGUCGUCCUUGCGACGGGAUUUGAUCCAGAGCCAUGCGUUGGCUUCCUGCCCAAGGACGUACUGGACACGCUCAGCUAUUCGCCUUCGCACCCGGCACAGCUCCUGGCUCUCUCGUUCCAUGCAACGCAUCAUCCCGAAGUACCCAAUCUGGGGUUUGUCGGUUUCUACAGGGGAGCGUUCUGGGGCGUGAUACAGAUGCAGGCUCGAUUCCUCGCGGCCCUCUGGUCUAGCGACGGUCCAUCGCGGGUGCUUCGCGACAAGCUUGGCCGGGAUAAAAGCAUCCAAAGAACGCUUGAUCUAAGAAACGACCCGCGCAUAUCACAGUUCCCCAUGGGAGACUAUCCGUUCCUGAUGCAAGAAUUUGCCGAGGCGCUGUCCAUGGACAUCACCCCACCGCUGGCUGUGGACGCUCCCAAUCUCACCACCAACGGGCUGCCUCUAGAAAUAUUCGCCCCAUGUCGCUACUCUCUUGCAAACGAGGACGGCGAGAAUAACGCCAACGCAAAGAAGCUCAUUACUGAUGCAGCGGCUGUGUUAAAGGAUGGCCUCACUACUCCGAGAUUUGUCUCCAGGGCCGUAUUCCGUAGCCUUCUCGGCACGUGGAAGCUAGAGCGCGACCUCAAGAGCAAGCUGCCGACACACCCCAGCGGCCAUUUCAGCGGCACUGCCGAAUUCCUCUUGCGCUCGCCCACCAAAGAAGGCGUCCAGUGUACAGCCAACGAGGACGCUGCACCGCUGUGCGAAUACGGCGAGAGCUACGAGUAUCUUUACAUUGAGGACGGAGAGUUCAAGACGGAUCAAGGCUUUGGCUUUCGCGCCACGCGCCGCUAUAUCUAUCGCUACGAUGAGGCGUCGGGCAAGAUUACCGUGUGGUUUGCCAAGCCCGAUGACAAUAAGCGCGUCGACUACUUCUUCCACGCGGUGGAGUUUGAGGAUCCGCCGGCAAGCGGAGGCGGACAUGAGCACGGGUGGCCGGCCAAGUCGGGACACUUGUGCAUUGACGACUACUACAACGUCAAGUAUAAUUUCGUAUUCGAGGCUGUCAAUCUGGAGAGCUGGGUGUGCGCGUACACUGUGAACGGCCCGCAGAAGGAUUACACGAUCCAUGGGACAUAUACGAGAUGA